AUGAUGCAGUUUGUCGCCCAUGAGUUCUCGAUGUCCAUCUUGAAAGCCUUUCGUGAAGAGAAAUUGCAAGCCGUAGACAACUUCCUCUUCUUGCUUUGGGACGGAUGCGAUGAAGGUAGUGACGGUAAGCGUGAAGGCAGACCCGCGCGUUUUGGUAAGACUGAGAAAAUUGGCGACUCUUUGGUGACUGUUGGAUCUUUGGUCGCCGGCAAUUCCUUGGUGCCUUGUGAGGAGCUGCGCAAGACCGGUGCAUAG